CGUGCGUUCGACACCGUGAUACAACGGCGGCGGCGGUAGCAGUAAAGCGUUUCGCGUCGAUCCGAAAAUAAAUUAGUAGUCGGCCGCAACGAGUAACAAUUGGCCGAAUAAUGAAAGCAAGUGCUCGCUAACGUAAAACUGGAUUUUAAUAUUAAAAAGAAAUUUUAUUGAAGAGCACACAUGCAAGGUGACAUUCAGAAAAGCUGGCGCGAAAUCGGUCUCGUGCCAUUGGACCCCAUCCAGGAGGCAAUGGGCUCUAUGGGCCCAUGGCACGUUGUGAUCGCAGUGGCUAUUUCUCUCGUCAAAUUUCCAGUCGCAUGGCAUCAGCUGUCAAUCGUAUUCCUCGCACCACCUACCAAUUUUUCAUGCAACUCGCCAUUACCAAAUAACACUCAUGAAUCUGUGUUCAUGAAAUGCGAAGUCGAUUUGGGCAAUGGCACUAUAGAAAAAUGCACCGAGUUCAGAUACGAUAAACGAAUAUUCCGAGAGAGUAUUAUAACACAAUGGAAUCUGAUAUGCGAUAGAGAACAACUAGCAAAUGUUGCGCAAUCCUGUACAAUGUUCGGUGUUCUUAUUGGCAAUUUAAUAUUCAGUAUACUGGCUGACAGAAUUGGCCGAAAAAAACCACUGAUGAUUGCAAUUGCAUUGCAAUCGUUGACAGGAUUUGCGAGUGCGUUUGCGCCGUGGUACGAAUUGUUCUUGAUAUUAAAAUUUAUUUGUGCCUUAGCUACUGGCGGAACAAUGCUCGUCAGCUUUGUCUUACUCAUGGAGAUCGUUGGAGUUGAAUGGCGGUCGAUCAUGUCGGUCCUAUUCCAUGUGCCGUUUUUACUCGGACACUUAAUGAAUCCUUUAAUAGCUUACUUGACACACACAUGGUACGGAUUUCAGAUGGCCGUCUCGAUACCGUCAGUAUUCCUAUUAGCAUAUUACUGGAUUAUACCAGAAUCACCGAGAUGGCUACUAGCUGUGGGCAAUCCGAGACAAGCGGAACAAAUUCUAUUGAAAGCUGCCGAACGAAACAAGAUACCGGUGGAAAAUGUAAAAGUAGCCCUGGAAAAUCAUGAGAAUCAGGCGAUGGUUCGACUCGCGAAAAGCAAAGAGAAAUACAAUAUCACACAUUUAUUCCGAACGCCGUACUUGAGACUGAAAACUAUAUGUGUGAGCAUCAACUGGUUCGUUUGCGGUAUCUGUUUCUUUGGUCUGGCGCAAUAUAUGGGUCAUAUUGAUGGCAAUAUUUUUAUUAAUGUCGCUGUUUCAGCUGCUAUGGAACUACCCGGAACUGUAAUAGUUUUAUUCCUAAUAUCACGAGUGUCACGUCUGAAGAUACUGAUAGGAGGAAAUAUUUUAUCGGGCGUGAGUUUACUCUUGAUAACACUUGUAACCAACGGGAAUGUUAGAGUAUUUUUAGCCUCGCUGAGUCUUGUGGGUAUGGCUAUAAGUUUUCCCACGAUAUAUCUAUACAGUGGCGAAGUGUUUCCAACAGUCGUGAGAAAUGUUGGCGUCGGUUUGGGAAGUAUUUCUGCUAGAAUUGGAAGUAUGAUUGCACCAUAUAUUGCUACAAUGGGCACUAUCCAACCUUGGCUGCCACCAGUAGUAUUUGGCAUAGGUCCAAUAUUAGGUGCUGCACUCUGUCUAUUUUUACCGGAAACAAUGAACUGUGAAUUACCAGAAACAAUUGAAGACGGCGAAAAGUUCGGAAAGAAAACAACUGAAGAAAAUACAUCGAAUAAUUAGGAAAAAUCUAUUAUUUCGAAGAGAUCGCGAUAAGAUAACGUGUUAAUGUUAGUUUAUGUCUCGCUAGAUUUGUAUGCGUCUGUUAUACAAGCUAUUGGAGUUGAUAGCUUAUCUGACAAAAGAAUGACAAUAAUUUAUUAUGCUUUUUUUAAACAUAUAUUGAAUCUUGCAUAAGUCUUGACUUUUUUUGAGUAAUAAAUGAAGGCCAUGACUUUUGCACGAACCCAAUACUUAUUUUAUGAAAAACUGUGAACAAAAAAAAGAGCUUUUACGUAGAAAACUUUAUUUUUAAUAUUUUAUACGAGUAAAUUUUGUAUAACAAUUAUACCUUUGCAUAAUGCAUAUCAUAUGUACGUUAACAUAUUGUUUUACAAAUGCUCAAUAAUAUCGUUAUGAUUAAAUUACUAAGAUAAUUUUGUGCAUAUAUAUGUAUGUAUGUACAUAUACAUAUAUAUGUAUUUCUGAGAUUCAAAUAUACAAUUCAAUCUGC